GAGAAGAUUCACUAUUGCUGAAAGAUUAUGCAAGAUCGUAAGGAUGAACUGAAGACCAAGUGGAAAAGAGAGCAGAAUGUUCUGAAGAAGGGAUUAGUUUUGGAGGAUUCAGCAUCAUGGUGUACCUCAUGGGAUAAUGAGCAGAAGACCUUCCACGAAGAGCUUCAUUUCAUUGGGGGAGUUGAUAUCUCCUUCGUUAAAGAAGAUGCUGUAAAUGCCUGUGCUGCAUUGGCAAUUGUAUCUUUUCCUGAUUUGGAGUUGGUCUAUAGCAAGUGCAAGUUGGUUCAGCUCGACACGCCAUACAUUCCUGGCUUUCUCGCUUUCCGGGAGGUGCAGUUUCAUGCUGAUCUAGUCCAGGAGUUGAAAGCUAGCCAUCCGGAAUUCUUUCCUCAGGUCAUUUUAGUAGAUGGCAAUGGAGUUUUCCAUAGCAGAGGCUUUGGGUUGGCCAGCCAUCUUGGUGUGUUGCUAGGUAUUCCUACAGUAGGCAUUGGUAAAACUCUAUAUUGUGUUGAUGGUAUAGAGAAGAACCAAUAUCACACUGACCAGAUAAAACGUUGCUUGCUCAAAGGAGGUGACACGUUUGAUAUCGUUGGAAUUAGCGGUACAAAGUAUGCUGUGGCACUAAGGACGUGUGAUAACUCCAAGAAUCCCGUGUAUGUCUCUAUUGGUCAUGGAGUGAGUUUAGCGACUGCUAUCAGGCUUGCGGUCAGUUGUUGCAAGUACAGAAUCCCAGAGCCGAUUAGACAGGCUGACAUCCUCUCUCGAGAACAACUAAGACUGUCCUUCCCUGCUGCUGUGGGACAGCAAAGAUGUGAGCAGAAGCUACGAAAAGCGCGUAGCCAGCCUAAACCACUUGACAGUAACACAGGUCAUGCAAAUAUGGAAAUAGAUGUCAGGUCAAGUAUUGUAGCUUAUCAGCGUGACUGUGAGACGAGUGAUGAUGUAAUAGAUUUAUCUAACCUACUGUAAUGAUAAACCUAACUGAAUGACCCACAUAAAGACUCUAAAAUGUUACUGUAAUAUAUGUAAAUAUGUGUUGUGUAAAUAUGAAUAUGAAAAUAUAAAUAGAGGAAUUGCAUGUAUAGGAAAAUAUGCAAAUAGAGGAAUUAAUUGUAAAAUAAGGUACAUUACUUUUUUUGUAAUUCCUAUGACUUAUAU